UAUGGAGCCGCUCGGUUUUGUGGCGUCAGGGUCGUGCCGACAGCCCGGGGCCGACCGGGCUCGGUCGCAGGUCUUGCUUCGGGCCGUUCGGUCCUCCGUAUUGUUACGUCCAGAAAGAAAGGCGACGCUCGGGACGGAGGGAAGAAGGGGUGUGUUUGCGUUUUGUUAGAGGUGCCCUGAACCGCCCGCCGUGUCUCCUGUGCACUUCGCUGGCUGCUGGCUGUCAGUCACGGUCACGAGAUGAAGGCGGCGCCGAUGACGUCUGGCCGGUGGCACCUCGUCGGCACGUUUGCUCUUACUGUCACUCUUCCGUCGCAGGGGGACACGUGAACAUUUAGCGUUGCACUGUGUGGCAAACACACCUUUUUUGAAGAUCUGCAGGUCAACGGCGACUCCAACAAGAAAAGGGGGAGAACUCGUCCGCGCUCUCGCAACGGCUGCGGAUCCGCUCUCUUUUAUUGCGGUAUCCGAUUUCAUCUUGCGAGGUUGUCAUCGGAGCACCUGCCACCGUACCGUAGGACGGCACCGUUCGUUCACUUCGCACCCCCGGGGCCACGCCGUGCCGCUCCUCUGCUUCCCGAAGGAGGCCUUUGGCAGCCCGUGCCGCGCUGUGACCCCGAGUCCUCCUUCGACAGCGGAUCUGCCGUCCUGCCCGUCGGUGCCGAUGAGGUACGAGAGCAGCGUGCGAAACGGCAGUCGUGGGCAGUCGACCGAAGACGCACGAGUCGGUCGGUGGACGGUGAAAUGGUCGAAAGCAGCAGCGUCACUCAUGUUGCCAUUCAUCUUUCUUUGCAGAAAGGAGGCUCUGAAUGCGUCAACUGUCCUGUUGCUGGUGCACCUUUUCAUAUGAAAUGUUACGUAUUUUGGCUUUGCGUUAUUUUAUUUUUCUUUUCCUGUUCUUCAUUUCUGUUCGUUUCGUUUCUUGAUAUCGAUGUACUGUUGUUCAUUUAGCUGACAGCGCCGUCGCUGUUGGUACAUUAGUGCUUCCGAGCAGCAGAUGCAUCCUGAGAUGUGUCACAGGCCGCCGCAGCCAUUGUGCAGAUGGUGACGGUGACAGUGACAGCGAAGGUUACAGCGACAGCGAUGAUGUCGGUGACGCAAACGCUAACAGCGAAGGUGACGGUGUCACUCGCGGUGUCGAUGACGGUGACGCGGCGGCGGCUCCGAGGAAAGAAAGGUGAGCGCCCGGCACUUUUCGGAACGCGCGCUUUAGUGUGGACUUUGCGGCGGCAGAAAGGAGCCGAGUACCCGGUGUGGGAGGAACUCGACCUUUAUGAUCAAAACUGGAGGGAAAGAAGCUUUUCACGGCUGCGCGUGAUUCGGUAGCUGCCGAUGAAGCCGGAAAGCUCCCAUUUACAUGCGCGCUGUUGAAAGCGCAAAGGCGUGAUACUGUUCUUCUCUCCUCUCCUACGUCGUGCUGCAGUGGACACUCCACGAGCCCACGGAGCGCUCGUCCACACUGCAGCAGGAGCGGUUCUUCUAGUUACGCGCUCUUCUUUCUCGGCGUUCUGUCCUACGGCUCGUAGUCCGCGAGGACGUCUCUGGGCUCCGCGUUCGGUCACCGACGCGGCUCAGAUCCUGCUCAGUCUGUUCUCAGCUUGCGUGUUCUCCUCAUGUUUGUGUGGGCCGCUCUGGUUUCCUUCCCCCUGGUGUGAAAAUGCGUGUGAAUCUCUGCGAAUGUGUGUCCACAGCUGCUGUGUGAUGGACUGGUCUCCUGCCCAGGCUGCGUCCUGUCUCACACCCUGUGCUUUCAGGAAACGCUCUGGAGCUCUGCAGCUCUGCAGCUCAUACCUGCAGAGGUAAAACAGUGACGUGGGACUGAACGGAAAAAACGGAGUUUCCUCAGUCCGGAGGGACGUUCGGGGCUGAUGGGAGAACCGAGGUGCGUUUGGAACGACAAACGUUACUUGGGUGCUGAUAUAUUUACAGCGAGGCUCUGGAGUCGUAACCAGGGCACCGUUGAUGGCGUGUUGUGCACCGCGAGUGGGCUGGAGGCUCGUCAGCACCACACUCCAGCCAAACAGCGUUUACUCUGCACCUACCGCGGUAUACACCGUGCGCGCACUGUCCCGGAGCCCACUAGCCCCCCACCGCUGCUGUCUUGCCCUUCCGCCCCCACCCCACUAAAUCCUGUGUCAGGUACUGCAGGUUGUGCCACUGUCUGGACGUUCAGCUCACGGUUCCCAGGUUGACGGCGGUUCAGCGGUUCGGAAUGACGGACGACGGUGAUCUCGGGUCAUUCGCCAAACUCGCCAGCGAACGUCACGCUGCUGAUGGACAGAAGAUGCCGAUAUCUGACACCCGGGGAAACGAGAGCUCCGCUGGCUCUGCACGAGGCGCGGGACCCAAGAGGGGCCGCUCUCGGUCGAGGUGCACAACGAGAACGAGACUCUUGCUCGCACCGCUGCUUCGCUGAGCAACUGAAGUCGAGCGGCAAACGGCUCAGUUCCAGGAUCUUCUGCACACCUCCUGUCCUUCCAUUUCACACCUUGUUCUGUGUCUUCAUUCGUGGCCAACGACCCGGUUCUGGUCCCUCCCUCAAAAUGUGUGAAAGCAACACCUACGGGCGGUUAAGAGUCCCUGGGAGAAGAAACCAGAGCACCCAGAGGAAACCCACAUGGACACAGGGAGAAUGUGUGCGCGAACUCCACACAGUUGACCCUGCGCCCCGUCGCACAGCCCAGGAGCUGUAAAGCGCCGCUGUUACCGCAUUUUCGCCAUGGUAUUAAAAGCUUGUCUCUUCCUCCACGUGCCUCUUACCUGGAGCCAUGACAUCAGUGCAGAACACCCACUCUCUCCCCCUCCUCUGUGGCUCUUCUAGCGCCCGUUACAGUGACGGCGCCGGGGCCUCGCACCCGGGCCCAGCCAAUGGGGGAGCUGCGUCUGCAUCAGCUGCUCGUGAGCUAUUUUGAACGAGAGCUGCAAAGUGAAGCAGGCGUCUAAAUUAGAGACGGAUCCCAUUGACACAGCGAGAGAGCGGCGGGGGGGGGUUUGCAGAGAGACAGAGAGAGAAAGACACAGGCGGACGGACGUCUCUCCUGUCCAGUGUGACUCCUUCCCACUUGGGUCUCACGUCUGCUGUGCAGUCCCGCCAUUCUGAAGCCCCUCUCACAUUUUGUGCAGCGCAGCCCAGUGCACCGUGUUUACUGUGCUUUCCAGAAAGUACCGACCGCGCCGCUCGCCUCCUGCCUCCUGCCUCUGUGCGUCAGGGCAGAGCCGCGUGUGACUCAGCCGUUCGCUUCGUUCCCAGCGCCAUACCUGUUGCGGAACCCUUCUUUACGCCGCUGCCGUUUCCAUAGUGCCGUUUCUCUUCGGCCGUCGUGCUCCGCGUCUCCUCCGCGUCUCCUCCGCGUCUCCUGCGCUCACCUCCCGCCGUCCAUGCUGGGAUGUACCUGUAUGGGCCCGAUGACUCCGAGCCGGGCUCGGCCGACUCCUACACGAGCCGCCCGUCGGACUCGGACGUGUCCCUCGAGGAAGACCACGAGGCGCUGAGGAAGGAGGCUGACAGGCAGGCUCUCGCCACGCUCGAGAAAGCCAAGACGAAGCCCGUGGCCUUCGCCGUCCGCACCAACGUGAGCUACAACUGCGGCCCCGGCGACGACGUCCCCGUCCAGGGCAUGGCCAUUUCCUUCGAGGCCAAGGACUUCCUGCACAUCAAAGAGAAGUACAACAACGACUGGUGGAUCGGGCGCCUGGUCAAGGAGGGUUGCGAGGUGGGGUUCAUCCCCAGCCCCGUCAAGCUGGAGAACAUGCGUCUGCAGCACGAGCAGAGGAUGAGGCAGAGCCGCCUGGCUUCCAGCAAGUCGGGGGGAAACUCCAGCUCGAGCCUCGGCGACGUCGCCACGGGAACGCGCAGGCCCACUCCUCCCGGUCCAGCGGCCGCGGAGCUCUCUAAAGGGGGGUCAGACGUUGACCCCUUUGAGCUGGACGCGGAAGAGCCCCCCGAGUCCCCGGCGGACCCCCUGUCUCCCAGGUCGAGCACAGGCAGCACCGGCUCCCCGCUGGCCCACAUCCAGCGCCUGCCCUUCUUUAAGAAGAUGGAGCAUGUUCCUCCCUACGAUGUGGUGCCUUCCAUGAGACCCAUCGUCCUGGUGGGGCCUUCGCUCAAGGGCUACGAGGUGACAGACAUGAUGCAGAAGGCGCUCUUCGACUUCCUCAAGCACAAGUUCGAGGGCAGGAUAUCCAUCACGCGCGUCACGGCUGACAUCUCGCUGGCCAAGCGCUCCGUGCUCAACAACCCCAGCAAGCACACCAUCAUCGAGCGCUCCAGCGCCCGCUCCAGCCUGGACGUACUGGCAGAGGUACAGAGUGAGAUCGAGCGCAUCUUCGAGCUGGCCCGCACCCUGCAGCUGGUGGCCUUGGAUGCCGAUACCAUCAACCACCCCUCCCAGCUGGCCAAGACUUCGCUGGCCCCCAUCGUCGUCUACAUCAAGAUCUCCUCCCCCAAGGUCCUGCAAAGGCUCAUCAAGUCCAGAGGAAAGUCCCAGGCCAAACACCUCAACGUGCAGAUGGUGGCAGCGGACAAGCUGGCCCAGUGCCCCCCGGAGAUGUUUGACAUCAUCCUGGAUGAGAACCAGUUGGAGGAGGCCUGCGAGCACCUGGCCGAGUACCUGGAGGCCUACUGGAGGGCCACGCACCCGCCUAGCAGCACCCCCCCCAACCCCCUGCUCAGCCGCACCAUGGUCACGGCCGCCCUGGCCGCCUCGCCCGAGCCCGUCUCUAACCUCCAGAGUCCGUACCUCGCGCACGGAGAGCGGGAGCGGGACGGGUCUCUGCCGGAGCGGGCGGGACUCGACGACUUCCGAGCCGACCCGGGCGGGGAGCAGCAUCAGCAGCCGCUGGCCGCGCAGCAGCAGGUCCACCUGCGCUCCGCUCGCACCCGGGCCCGGGCCGGACGCGCUCUCUCGCGCCAGGACACCUUCGACUCGGAGACUCAGGGCAGUCGGGACUCAGCCUACACGGAGGCCGGCGACUCCUGCAUGGACGUGGAGACGGACCCUUACGAGGAGCCCGAGCCCUAUUGUCGGGGCGGCGGACGUCCGCAUCCUGGCCAGUUCCACGGUCGCCAGGCCUCCUGGGAGGACGAGGGGGCGGAGCCCGACCGCGAGAACCUGAACCGAGCGCCAGCGCCGGAGAAACGGGGCCGGACGAGACCCAGGGAAAGGUACUGCCAGGACCCGGAGGGCGCGAGCUCGGCGCUGGGUCACAACCAGAACCAGGAGGACUGGGCAAGGGACGCCUAUGUCCGCUGAGCACGCUUCCGGCUCGGAGAAUGUCUCGCAAGCGGGGUGACGGCCGGCGGGCUGGGGAGUUGGGGAACGCUGAGAGAAAACAGCUUUACACACGUAGUACUUGACAAAUACUGCCAGAUACUCAAUUGCGCUUAGAAGUACAGUCGUACCGCAUGUUAGUACUGCAUGAGUACUCGGCCGAGAAUGGAGGACCGGUGCAUUGUUUUGUCCACAUUGACACCUGUCCUGUGACGAUUAUGCAGCACUUCAGCGUUUCAGGGUCUGUCUUGCACCCCAGUCCUCCCCAGUCCUUCCCAGUACUUCCCAGUCCUCACUAUGUUGCCUGUUCCCUCAUCGUUCCCGAACUCCGCCUGGUGGUUCUCUUGGAUGUUCAGAGCAGCGACUCUUCCCGGUGCUCACACCUCUCAGUUCCACCCCCUGCCACUAGGGGGCCCGAUGACUGGCGUUCGCCCCCGUUGUAAUCGCCUGUUCUCUCCCUCGAGUGUGGAGUGAGCAUCAGAGUCUUAGUUUGACCGCAGUCAAAGUCACAGCAGCUGCGAGCGAAGCGUUUCAGCCUUUGCUGCGCCGCGGACCCAUCCCGGGGAGCGAACCGUCCUCCGCUGCCAGAGUCUGCUGCUCCGUAACGACUUCCCGCUGCCGAGUGCGCGGCGCUCGCACUCUCCGCGCCUUCUCCCAGCGCCGGCUUUCCUCCCGCACAGCUUGCGCACCGGCACUUGUGUUCUUUCUGCACUUGGACACACAGCAGGAACCGGGGUGCACAUUCAGGAUGGACCGUACGGCGAAGCCCCGCUUUGUUCUUUGCGGGUGCAAAACCCCGUUUUACACCGCCAAUUAAUGAAUGUCUUUGUUGAGAAUUGGGUAAAACCGGAGCUCGUUAUAAAUUGGUGCCUCGUUGUUUCUGCCUGUCGUUUUUCUACGUGAUUCAUUCAUUUAGUCGCUCAACUGGAAAUGCAGCGUUACCGCGACUGACGGGACCGUUGAAGGGGACAUCGAACCCGUGUUUUCAGAGUCCGCAAUCGGGAGGGCUCUGCGCGAAGCGGGGAAGGGAAGGGACGCCUGCCGAACCCAUAAGAGCACCUGCGCGCAGGCCUCGGUCGAAAAUGCCAAAUGUGUGGGCAGCGGAGAUCUUUCAGGGCAAACCCUCUCUGACAGAAUUUACGAGUGUUUUUCUCGCUGAGCCUUUCUAUCCAAGAGAGCAGCUGCGAGAUGCGUCUUUUUUUCCAGACUGUGUGAUGGAUGUGGACACACAGCAACUGUUACUCCUCUUAGGAUGGAGAUACUCACCCCCCUUAUCCAGUCCCAAUUUGCUCCCGAAAACGGACCGAAUGUUUAAAAGCAAUGAAAAAGAAUGGCUUAAAGACUGAAAUGCAGGCCCACCCCAGAAUUCAUCCUAAAUGAUGCCUAAUAUCAUAAGGAAAAAGUUGUUUAGCACGUUAAAAUGGAAUGAAAUACAAUUAAUAAUAACAAUAUAUGAAAAAAAUUUGGGACUGACUGCAAUAGUGCGUGUGCGGUGCUGCAAAACAGAGAACGCAAACACAAACACGUGAACACGCACGUGAGGCGACGGCCGAGAGCGUGGGUACACGGUUCCCAUAAUGCAGUGCGUCUCACGGUCUCCUUGACGCGGCCGCUCGACGCGAUUUUCGAACGCGGUUUCCCUCCAUCGCACCGGACCGAACGUCACGGGGUCAGACCGGAUGGCGAAUGACGAUGCGAACAGAUUAACGAUAAGUGGUAUCGAUGGUGGUGCACCAGAUAAAUGAAAACCUUUUUAAUACGGGGGAUGACUUUGCUUUUAUUUACUUUGCUGAUGCUUUUCUCUGAAAGUGACUAACGGUGUUAAGCAGCCCACGGCGAUUUACCCUUUCGUACAGCCGUGUACUUUUCACCAGAGCAAUUCAGGGUAAGUGCCCUGCUCGCGGGUACUACAGCAGGAGGUGGGAUUUGAAUGCGGUUCCUCCGAAUACAGGGCGAGAGCUCUAACCGCAGCGCCACCCGCGCCUCGGGCGUGCCAGCAUUUCGUACCUUUGCUUUCCGUCGGCAGCGUCCGGCAUCACCGGUUCGGAAAAGGCCUCUUGACGAGAGCCGUGAGCGCUCUUGUGCCGCCGAGGUGCGCUGACAUGAUUUUGCUGUUCCUUCUUACCCUUCGAGGCAGUCGUCAAAGGUAUUUCCUUGCAGUGAUUUUAGCGUGGAACGUAAGAAGAGAGUGCGUGUUCCCGUUGGCGGAGCACGACACGCUCGUGGAGAGAGGGGGUAAGAAAAGUCACUGAGCGCAAGAGGCUGCGCUGCGCGUGGCUGUUCGGCUCACCGGGUAUCUCCGGGAGCUUCCUUCGCGGCAGACGUGCAGUGCGUACCGCUGUAAAGUACCGGGGCGAGGGAGCUGAGGACCGUGGGCUCUGCGCGUUGUUCUGAGACGCUGAUUUUGAGGAGUGUCACCGCUGGUCUGUCACAAGUCACAAUGUGGAAAUGGAAGCAGUUGUCUUGUUCUCUGCGCGCGCUCACACAUGCGCACACACACACACACACACACACGCACACACACAGUCUGUAGGCUUCGUGGUUUGGCCCUUCUUAUAAUCUCACAAUUACCUAUGCGUAGUUGUGUGUAUUUUCAUGAUCGCAGCCUCACCUUUUACUCGCAUUUAGGAAUGUUUCUCACUGUUUUGCGCAGCGUGUCGCUCUUUUAACGCACACCCUGAGUUUCUUUCAUGCUUUGUUUUUCCAUAAUCCAAAUACUGUCUGCAGUCUCUUGAAUAAGUGCCUGUUUCUCAGUUGAUGAAUAGCUGUCGUUUACCACGAUGUUUACUUCGCACCGAUUGUGACGAGCAGACGCUGGUGGAAGCGCACCCUUUUCAGGUAAUCGAAGAGCUAGUGGACUGGACUUCCCUUCCUUGGUGCGUUGCUCUCGUUGAUGCCGGAUUUGUCGAAGAGCAUCUCUGUCUCGCGGUUCCGUCGCAACCGUUUCGGGCAGCUCGCUUCGGGAACUUCGGCGCUUUCUCGCGGCGGAGCCCCAGCCCCGCAGCCGUAUUCGCAGAGCGCUCUUUCAUUUAGUGUCGCCGUGAAAACGGUAACGUUGACGAUAAAUGAUAAAGAGCCCAUAAGACGUUGCGGUUGGGAAGUCGCACACGUUCACACUCACGGGAGUUUGGCUCACAGCUGCAGCGUUCCAUUUGCUCCCUCUUCUGCUUUAUUGGGAGCACGAGGAGAAGAUGCUUAUGGCUCAGCUGUAAUGCACAUGAAUUCAGGUUUAAAAAAAAUGCUUUUGGUGUCACGCGUGUGCCGCAACGCUGCCUCCGAAGGGCGAACGGGCAUCGGUUACUCGACGUUGUUCCUAGAGCGCCGGCACGCAGGACCGCAGAGGACCGCACAAGAGCGCACUUCUGUCGCCUCGUCGACUCUUGUCCUCCGACCGCUCUACGUGUUUGUCGCAGCUCUCCCAGAAGCCGUUAUGUGUCCGUUUGCUCCGUUCCGCCGACUCCGCCCGCUGCUCUUCCUCUGCAAACGGGUGGAACCGCACACCUUUAGCUCAUGCCGAGGGGCUCCGCGACCGCAGAACAGCCCUCCGCGCGUCUCUUGCUCGACCGACGCGCCGUCAUGCCGGGGCCCUGCGGGGUCUCCCUCGACUCACGGGUUCUCUGCAGAGAACGCAGUGCGGUGACUGGGCCGAGUGCCACUGGGCUGCAUCCGCUGGCUCAUCUUGUUGUACCUGCUGCUGCUGCUGCUGCUGCUGCUGCUGCUGCGCCGGACCAUCUGUACGUCUUACCGCGGUGUGCCGGACUCUCCUGCCCCGAUGCCAAUUCAGCCCUCCAGUUUGGGAAUUUCGCAGCAUUUUCCCUUCAUUUCUGCUGGAAUUGAGAUGUACUUAUUUCGUGUGUUGUUUUGAUAUCCUAUUAUUCUGCCAGUAUCUCAUUUUUGCAAUGUCGUACUAUCCUUAAUAUUUUCAGCACGAGCGUUUUUUUUUUUUUUCUUUAGCUAUAACAAUCAUUGGGGGGGCGGGGGGUGGGGGGGCGUGGAAUCCACUAUUGCCUUUGCUGUCGACAUGUUUACUAUGAAUUUGUCAGCCAGAGACAAAGGACUGUUCUGAGGUCAAAGUCAAGUCUCCAGCCCCUUAACAAACACUCUGGGACAGGAUUUUACAACAAGUCUAUGUUUUGCAAACUCGAACUUUCUAUUGUCAAUUGUGUAAAGUACUUAGUUUCCUUUGUAAGUAUGGAUAUACUGUAUAAACAGAUACUACGGAUUUUAUUCGAAACAAGAGAAAUACAAAUAAUAGCUUUUUAAUGCAUUUUUCUUUCGGAAUGUUCGAAGAAACUUCAGUGUGUGUAAAAUAGUUUUAUUUCAUUGGUAACUGUACAGAAUAUGAUCAUUGGUAUUUACUGAUCGUAUAAAGAAACUUUGCAUGUUUUCACUGUUUCUUGCAGGGAAAAUAAGGAACAAACGAUGAUAUUUGUAAAAAUGUCUUUUUUUUCUUCCUGAAAAGAUGUGAAAGAUGUUAGUGUACUGAAUCCAUUUAAAAAUGUUCGUUGAAAUAUCUUGUGCUCUUUUAAGGGA